CAGCAGUUGCAGCUCGGGUUCGAUGGAGUCGCGAGUCGCGAGAAGGGCGCUGUAGGUCUGCGGUCUGACGGGGGCGGAAAAGGAGCCAGCCCUACUCACGUCAGCACAUCGUCCGAACGCUUCGCCCGAGCUGAUGCAAGGCGCAAAAGAGUAAGAGGAGAGACGAUUUGAGAUGGCUCCACAGAUGGGCGGUUCACAUAUAUAUCCGGGAGGGUCUUCACCCAGGCAGAGGCCACAGCCAUUCCGCAGCCCUAUUACACAAUCGCAGCGCACGAAGCUUACCAAUUGCCAAGCAGCAUUACUGUACGAGUCUUUUGAGUGUGUUGAUACUCACAAUUGCGGAUUCCCUCGUCCUGCAGCACGGCGUGAUUAGACGCAUCUACGGUGGCCCGAGGCUAACUGAAUGAAUGCCUGCUCCACCCAGCCAACCGCAUCCAACACCAUCGCUCGACCACCACCUGGACUUUGCAGGCACUGACAGAGCCCGUGGUGUCGCGGUGCCUACAAAUACCCAUUAUGCGCAGAACCAGCCCGCCGCUGCUCCGGUGACACCAAAUCCCGCCUUUCUUGCAGCCGCCCAGCACCAGCCUUUCAUGACCUAUCACGACCCACCGCACCACGCCGAACCCGACCAGUUCACAGGCUUCGACGGCGCCCCAUUGGCCUGGGAUUGGGCCAACCCGACCGGCUACACUGACUUCUCCCAUCACUACGAGCCCCAGGGAGAGCUUGUGCGCGAGCUUCACCAGCCCAGCACCACCAACAACGACUUCAGCCUCCCGCUCCCCGUAUACCCCUCCGAUAACGACCCGUACCAGUCCCCUCAAAACUACCCGAAUCCUCCUGCAGCCGCACCACGCUCUCAGGUGGUGACUAUGGCGUCCAAGAGGAAAGCUGAUUCAGAUGAACCCACCUCUGCCCUUUCUCACGGAAGCAAUCUCUCCGUCGCGCCCGACCAACACCUCUCUAAACGCCCAAACAAGUCCCGCUCUUCUUCCACAGCCUCCGCUACUUCUCCCGUUGUCGCAACAGCAUCCUCAUCCGACCCAACCCAUCCGGCCGCGCAAGCUGAACAUCACGCGAAUAACGAGGCGCAAAGGCGCAAGGAACAAAGCAGAGGAACCGGGCCCCAGGGACGCGUUAUAGAUGUGUCCAAGCCUCGGCGGGUACCCGAAUCCCCAGGAGGAUAUGAGGUGUUGCCGGCGGGCAAGGUCUUUCCUAUACAGCUCGGGUCAGAGCUCUUCAGGUUGUCAGGCGCAUCUCUGUCGUCGGACGCUCCCUCGUACUUCUCUCACUUCUUUCGAGAGCAACUUCACAGCAAUCAAGGUCGCGCCGGUGACAUGAAAACACUGUACAUUGAUCGUGAUCCCAACACUUUUCGAGACAUUGCCGCACAUCUACAGGGCUAUCACAUCACUCCAAAGGAUGGCGAGCAUUUUGUUCGAUUGUUCGCGGACGCGCAAUUCUACUCAUUACCUCGUCUCACAAAACAGCUUUUCAGCACUGAUAUAUUCAUCCGUAUUGGUGGUGUACCUUUCACAAUCCCACGUGACUUGUUUUCUUCGCCUGGCGACAGCCCGAACUACUUCUCCCUUGGCUUCGCCCAGUUCUUCUCCACGCCCGCCGAAGUGUUUCCAGGUCUUGAUCGCAAUGCACUGCUUCGACCUCCAUCGAUACAUCCGCCAUCUGUACCAAACAGAAGUGGUAAGAUAUUUCGGGAGUUGGUAGAAAUGCUGCAAGGUUACCCUGUUGAUAUCCGAAACGAAGCGCAUCGCGCGCAGCUGCUCCGGGAUGCGCGAUACUUUCAUUUGAAAGGACUGGAGCAGAAGUUGAUUCCUUGUGAUAUCUCGUACAAUCUGAAAAGGGCACAGACUGAAAUUCUCAUUCGCCUGGAAGAUCUAAGACAAUCAGGAGUGUCUUUCAUCGCCGACCCAGCGAGCAAUCCAGCUUCAAACGACAACUCAAACGCGCCCUCCAACUCGGGCAGCGCAUCCCCGUCAGUGGGUGGGCAACAAUUAAAACCAGGCACCGUAUCCUAUGCUCGGCCGUACACAGACGACCACUCCGACAGCAACGUCUUGGUCCUCGAACUCUCUUCCAACGAGUCUACAACACUCCAUCUUCCACAGCCAUCAGUCAACGCCUCCCACACAACAGAACCCCCGGCCCUCCACGCCAGAGUAACGUUUCGCGGCACUACCCUCGCCCGUAUAACUUCGCUCUUCUCUGUCAUCGCAUCGAAAAUGGGUCUCCCAGCAAACCAACCGCUGGGGCUUAUGAUGCUGCAGUCCGGCGGCGGCGUCGCCGCGCAACCCGUCUCUGCUGCAAAUUCCGGCCUCAGCGAGCCCCGCGUUCGCGUCCGCAUCGAUUCCGACUGCCAUCUCGAAAUCAACAACGUGAAAUCUGAGCUUGCUGCUGAUCAUCUGUCCGGGAACCUGGGGUUGAAGUAUAAUGAACCGGGCAACAACGGGUGGAUAUGGGGAGGAGCGGAAACUUCAUCUGCACAAGCGGAAUCCGAUGAGGAGCAGGAGCGAGAGCUAGUCAUCACGAGAGCGCAUUGGCGGUUGAGAGUGGAGUUUGCAGAUGGAGAUUCGAGCAAGAUGCAUGUUGUUCUCUGUGGGGCCAGGAUAGAAGGGUACAGUGAGGAGAGAAGCCGGAAUAGUAGAAGGGGGUUUUUGGGGUGA